UUCACAGGGUCGAAUGUAACCCACAUUUUGCAUCGUUUGGAUCCAGCAUGUUUAUCUUUCUGAUUUGUGUCUGUGGGUCUUUGUUUGGUGUUAGUGCUGACAAUUUAGUCGAGACUGGAUGGUGGGACCCGACUCUGGAAUCAUUUUAUGCCAUACCUGAAACCAAUACUUUGUCGGAAAGAGAAGGUCUUACUGCGACUGGACAUGAAAAGGACAAUGCAAAUCCGUGGGAUGAAGUUGGUGUUUGGGGAAUUUGGGAUUAUUAUGGAAAACAAGUUAUCACUGUAACUUUCCUUGCACUCUACCUACUUGUCACGCUUUACUUCAAAGACAAACUUGUCGAGACAAAAUGCAACUCGUGGGGCAAAUAUGGAUUUCAAGAAUGGGAGUUUCACGCCGAACCAAGACUUGUUGCAGCAAUUCAAUCGGAUCCCAGCAUGCGGAGCGAAUUUUUGGACUUGUUCCGUCUCAUGAAACGAAUCAGGGACGAGGAGGAUGACGAUUCCUCAUCAGACGAAAAGGGAUACAUGUCCCAAUACGAGGCAGAGUUGUCCUAUGUAAAUGAAAUGUGCCCAAGAAAAGCCUUCUUCUACGGAAUGGCUCCACGCCACAAUGAAGCCGUCAUAGCGCUAAUGAGACUUUUUGUUGCUCAACCAUCCCCAACACAUCUUCAUUUCGUCGCCAAAUCAAUCCUUCUCAGUAAAAAAGUCAAUCCAAAAGUUUGGUAUUUGGCCCUACUCGGAGCAUCCAUAGAACGUCCUGAUAUGCUCGGUUUUCCAUUAGCUCAUCCUCUCGACGCUGUGCCGGACAUGUUCGUUGCGGCACAUUUGUUACAGGACGACGACAAAUGGCGACAUGACUUAAACCCGGUCAAUCGCACAAAAACUAAUAAAUCGCACAGUAAGAAAUACAAAGGCAAGAAAAAGGGCGAGAAAACUCGUCAAACGCGAUCUGUUCUUGAUGAUAGAACAAUAAGUUCGGCAGAAAUUGCGGAAUUAUUUGCGCCAAAAAAUGAUACAAAAAUUAAGAAGAAACCAACGAAAAGUAGACACUCUAUUAGGAAAGAUAGUGAUGAUGGUGACGAGUGUCUCGUAGUGGACGGCUCUAUCGGCAAGGACAAUGGGAUUGAAAGCGUUCUCUGGUAUUUUAGAGAAGAUAUGAUGUUGAACCAGCAUCACUUAUAUUGGCAUCAAACCUACCCAGUUAACGCGACACGACACCCAGACCGACGUGCUGAACAAUUUUUCUACAUGCACCGAUCCAUGUUGGCAAGAUACAAUGCGGAACGGUUUUCAAACGGGUUGGAGAGAACUGCGGAACUAAAAAUUCAACACGGAGCGAUAAUCUUUGAAGGAUAUAAUUCACAUUUGGCAGAUAUCAACUCGGGAAAAUUUUGGACACCGAGACCACACUUUACUCCCAUUUCUGAUGCCAAUCAUUUUCAUGAUCCCGAUAUCGUGCGCAACAUUACGGUCAAUCAAAUUAACUCCAUAAUCCGAAGGUUUCUUAAGGGAAUAAAGUUGGGAAAAUUAAAGUCGAGGAAAGGUUCACUCGCUAUCAACAACAAGAACGGACGAGGAAUAGAACCCUUGGCCAAUACGCUUGAGGCCUCCUCCCUCUCGAUAAAUCCACUCUUUUACGAUGCCUUUGGACUGCACAACCUCGGCCAUCAAAUCAUCGGUUUGGCAGUUGACCCCGACUUUCAGAAGCAUCUCCCCACCGGAAUAAUGUCUGAGGCGGCUGUUUCGAUGCGGGACCCAGUUUUUUAUACGUAUCACACCAUAAUUGACAACCUCUUUGAAAAAUUUAAAGAAACGUUACCGCCAUAUCAAAUCACUGGGGGUGCAUAUCCUCUCCUUUGGAAUGGCGUGAAAAUUACGGGAGUAGAAAUUAUCGCGAGUGAACAGAACGAAAUUCACACAUUUUACAGUCAAACCAAGUUUCCCUUAGCGGGUGGCGUUGAUGGGAGUGUCGACAAAGGAGAAAAGGUUGACGUCUGUGCUACACAUUUGAACCAUGAACCAUUCCUGUUCAAAAUUACUAUCGAUAUGAAACCCUGUGUAGAUAGCAAAUCUGGCCUGGCCACGGUCCGAAUAAUGCUCGCACCGAGAUACAACGAACAUGGUGAAAGACUAAAACUUGUCGAACAGCGUCGUCUAAUUUUUCCACUGGAUACAUUUCAGGUCAAGUUGAAAGUUGGUCGGAACGUGAUAACGCGACAUGAUGUUGAUUCCAGCCUGACAAUUCCAUGGUCAAAAAGUUUGCAUGACUUUGAACACGGUCCUGUUUCUGAAGCUGCUGAUUAUUGUGGUUGUGGGUGGCCAAAACAUCUCUAUAUUCCGAAGGGAAGCAAGAAAGGAACCGUUUUCGAUUUAUUCGUCAUGGUCACCAACUUUGAUCACGACUUUGUCCAAGACAGUCCACGAGACUUGAAAAUUCCUGAACCCUGCAAUUCCGCUUACAUAUUUUGUGGCCGACCUAUGCGUCGAUAUCCUGACGCAAAACCGAUGGGCUAUCCAUUUGACAGGCCUGUUUAUCAGGUCCCAACGUUUGAUAAGUCUUGCACGCCAGGCAGCUUGUUGUGCUCGUUGAAAGCUACUGCUUUACCUGUGUUGGAGGAAUAUGUGGCAACCGUUUCAAAUAUGGAAAUGAUUUCGAUUCUUGUUAAACAUGUUGACAAAAAAUCAAAGAAAACCAAGCGAGAAAUAUAAAUAUAAAUUAUGACUUAAAUUAAUUCUUGAUUCAAACUAUAACAUAAAUUAUUAAUGCAAAUGUAAAUUUUCAAUGUAAUCCCAACGAGACUGAUAAGUUAUUUGAACUUUAAUACCCUUACAGAUGCUUACUCAUGUAUAUUUAAUGCAAAUAUAUUGCACAUUAGCAGAUGAAAGUAGCUUGCGAAUUGCAAGGCGUGCAGUUCAUUUCCAGUGUAGAUGCUGCAUGCAAUAAAAUCGUGCCACUAUUUCACA